UGACGACGACGCGACGCGAAGCUGAGAUACAAAUACAAUAUUUCGAGAGAAGAAACAUUUUAGCCAGUUUACAUUCAGUUAGCCUCAUCGAAUUUUUUGGAAAGCGAACUCGAAUCGAAUAGAAAAGAAACUCAGUCAGUUUUUGUUUGGUGUUGGUGUACGUACGUACCUACAUUUUAUUAUGUUUGCCGGGCACGCGAUAUUGCUAUUCGGAUUAUUUUAACUCAAACACUCAGCGCCAGCGGCACAUAAUCAAUUUCAAGGUGUGAAAUCGCUCGAAAGUUAUUUCAAACGCUGAAAAAUAGUUUGGUGGCGAUUGUGUGUUAGCGCGGUCAUGUGGUACGCGUAGAGUGUUUCCUCUUUUUAUUUUUUUUUUCAAAUUUUAAACCAAAAAACAGCUGAAGAUUCAAAAAAGUGUGUUCUUAGUGCUGCUGCUGCUGCUGUGUUGUCGGAGUGAAUGUACCUACAUCUACUGUUCGCUCGCUGCUGCUGCUGUUGCUGUUGCUCUUUGCCUGUGCUAAGCUAAAUAGCUGUAAUGGCUAUGUUCUUGCAUUAAGCUUCAAUUCUCGCGUUAGAAAAAGAUUCCUACAGUUGCAAAAAAAACAUCUUCACUUUUUCACUAAACGGUUCCGCAAUCGAGUUAUCUCAGUCAAUAAAAAAAGUACAAAAAUAUUAAAAUUUAAUAUAGAAUUAGGUAUAAUAUCAAAAUAGUGGAAAACAUAUUUUUGAGUUAACAAUCAGCAAAACGCAUACAAGUGUGGUGUGAGGAGGGAGAAAAAGUGUCCUGCAAGUGGGACAUCCUCGAUUGACAAAAAAGUUGAUCUUUUUGUGUUCUAAAACAGUAAGAGAUUUCAUCGUAACAAAUGGCCACAAUAGAUGGAAGACCGGCGCAGUAUGGGAUCUCUCUUAAGCAAUUACGAGAGCUCAUGGAAGUCAGGGGUCGGGAGGGCGUAGCAAAAAUAAAUGAAUUUGGAGGUGUGCAGGAUGUUUGUAAAAAAUUAUACACAUCGCCAAAUGAUGGUCUAAGCGGAGCAAGAUCAGAUAUAGAACAUAGACGAGAAACAUUUGGUUCGAAUGUUAUACCACCGAAACCACCUAAAACAUUUCUGACACUAGUCUGGGAAGCUCUCCAGGAUGUAACACUUAUUAUAUUAGAAGUAGCUGCAUUAGUAUCCCUUGGUCUAUCGUUUUAUAAACCCGCCGAUGAAGAUGCUCCUGUUCUUGCAGAAGAAGACGAUCACCAUGGUUGGAUAGAAGGUUUAGCUAUCCUGAUUUCUGUUAUCGUUGUUGUGAUAGUAACAGCAUUCAAUGAUUAUUCGAAAGAAAGACAAUUUCGUGGCCUGCAAAAUCGUAUUGAGGGUGAACAUAAAUUUUCAGUUAUACGAGGUGGCCAAGUGUGCCAAAUAUCUGUUGGCGAUAUUGUUGUUGGUGAUAUAGCCCAGGUUAAAUAUGGUGAUUUACUGCCAGCUGAUGGUGUUCUCAUCCAAAGUAAUGAUUUAAAAGUUGAUGAGUCCUCGCUAACCGGUGAAUCUGAUCAUGUUAAAAAAGGCGCCGAUUCGGACCCAAUGGUGUUGUCUGGUACUCAUGUUAUGGAAGGUAGUGGUAAAAUGGUGGUUACCGCUGUUGGUGUUAACUCGCAGGCAGGUAUCAUAUUUACCCUAUUGGGUGCUGCCGUUGACCAACAAGAACAAGAAAUAAAAAAAUUGAAAAAGGAAGCUAAAAAGGCGAGGAAGAGCAAGAGUUUAACAGAUGAUGGCACAACACCGAUCAGUAAUAGUCACAUGAGCUCACCACCCCAUGAUGUUGUUAAAUCCGAAUCGGAUGGCAAUCAUGUUCAACCAGCUGCAUCAAGUUCCGAGGGUGGCAGUCAUAAGAAAGAAAAAUCCGUUCUGCAAGCUAAGCUCACAAAACUGGCUAUACAAAUUGGUUAUGCGGGUUCAACAAUAGCCGUACUCACCGUUAUCAUCCUGAUAAUUCAAUUUUGUAUAAAGACAUUUGUCAUAGAGGAGAAGCCAUGGAAGAAUACAUAUGCCAAUAAUUUAGUUAAGCAUUUGAUUAUUGGUGUAACGGUGUUAGUUGUAGCUGUACCUGAGGGCUUGCCAUUAGCUGUUACAUUAUCAUUGGCCUAUUCUGUUAAGAAAAUGAUGAAAGACAACAACUUGGUGCGACAUUUAGAUGCUUGUGAAACAAUGGGCAAUGCCACUGCCAUUUGUUCUGAUAAGACUGGAACAUUGACUACAAAUCGUAUGACUGUUGUUCAGUCCUAUAUAUGUGAAAAACUUUGUAAAGUUUUACCAAAAAUCUCCGAUCUACCCUCAAAUGUGGGAAAUUUCAUUAUCCAAGGUAUUUCUGUCAAUUCAGCAUAUACUUCAAAUAUUCUGCCUGGAGCCAAUCCUACUGAUCUCCCGAUGCAAGUUGGUAAUAAAACUGAAUGUGCUCUUUUGGGCUUCGUACAAGCUCUAGGAUGUAAAUAUCAAACGAUUCGUGAUGAAAUAACGGAAGAUAAAUUUACUCGUGUAUAUACAUUUAAUUCGGUGCGUAAAUCAAUGAGUACUGUUAUUCCCAGGCCAAAUGGUGGUUUCAGAUUAUACACAAAAGGAGCCUCCGAAAUUGUGCUUAAAAAGUGUGCAUUCAUUUAUGGUCAUGAUGGUGUUUUAGAAAAAUUCACAAGAGACAUGCAGGAUCGAUUGAUACGUGAAGUUAUUGAACCAAUGGCAUGCGAUGGCUUACGAACAAUUUCAAUUGCUUAUCGUGAUUUUGUGCCUGGCAAGGCGGCCAUUAAUGAAGUACAUAUUGACAAUGAGCCAAAAUGGGAUGAUGAGGAUAAUAUAUGCAGUAAUCUUACAUGCUUAUGUGUUGUUGGUAUUGAAGAUCCGGUCCGUCCUGAAGUACCAGAAGCCAUUAAAAAAUGCCAAAGGGCUGGUAUUACAGUUCGUAUGGUAACUGGUGAUAAUAUUAACACAGCACGUUCAAUUGCCAGUAAAUGUGGUAUUUUGAGGCCAAAUGAAGAAUUCCUUAUUCUCGAGGGAAAAGAAUUUAAUCGACGAAUCCGUGAUACUAAUGGUGAUAUUCAACAACAUCUUAUUGACAAAGUAUGGCCAAAAUUAAGAGUACUUGCUCGAUCAUCACCAACGGACAAAUAUACUCUUGUAAAAGGUAUUAUCGAUAGUUCCAUCAGUGAAAAUCGUGAAGUAGUUGCUGUUACCGGUGAUGGUACAAAUGACGGCCCAGCGUUAAAAAAAGCCGAUGUUGGGUUUGCCAUGGGCAUUGCUGGUACAGAUGUCGCUAAAGAAGCUUCCGAUAUUAUUCUAACCGACGACAAUUUUAGUAGUAUUGUCAAAGCUGUUAUGUGGGGACGUAAUGUUUACGAUUCAAUUGCAAAAUUCUUACAAUUUCAAUUGACUGUCAAUGUAGUUGCUGUAAUUGUUGCAUUUAUUGGUGCAUGUGCUAUUCAAGAUUCACCACUCAAGGCUGUUCAAAUGCUGUGGGUGAAUCUUAUCAUGGAUACACUGGCAUCGUUAGCUUUAGCUACUGAACUUCCAACACCCGAUUUAUUACUUCGUAAGCCGUACGGCCGUACGAAACCACUUAUUUCACGCACAAUGAUGAAAAAUAUUUUGGGUCAAGGCAUCUAUCAAUUAUUUAUUAUCUUUGGUCUAUUGUUUGUCGGUGAUGUUUUGCUUGAUAUCGAAUCUGGACGUGGUCAAGAUCUUGGCGCUGGUCCAACGCAACAUUUUACCAUUAUUUUCAAUACUUUCGUUAUGAUGACAUUAUUUAAUGAAAUGAAUGCUAGAAAAAUUCAUGGACAAAGGAAUGUAUUCGGUGGCCUCUUUACAAAUCCUAUUUUUUAUACAAUAUGGAUAUUUACGACCAUUUCACAGGUUGUUAUUAUCCAAUACGGUAAAAUGGCUUUCUCAACAAAAGCCCUGUCACUAGACCAAUGGCUAUGGUGUAUAUUCUUUGGUCUUGGAACAUUAGUCUGGGGACAAAUAAUCACUUCAGUGCCUACAAGAAAACUACCUAAAAUAUUAUCGUGGGGUCGUGGUCAUCCCGAAGAAUAUACAGAAGCGAUGAAUUUAGGCGAAGAACGUUUCGAUUCGAUUGAUUCCGAUAAGAAACCACGAGCGGGACAAAUUCUUUGGAUUCGAGGCCUAACACGAUUACAGACACAAUCCUUAACCACCCCCGUACUUUAUUCUCCCAGAGUAAUAGGUGGUGAAUUGCAAGAGCGUUUGAUUCCGGUACCCUACAGCAAGAGCUCAACUGAUCAAGCUAUCCGAGUUGUCAAUGCAUUUCGACAAGGGCUUGAUGCACGCUAUGGCGAACACACGAACGCAUCCUUAGCCGAAGUUCUUCGCAAACAGACUUCACUUAGCAAACGUCUCUCACAAACCUCGUCUAUUGAGUAUGCCGACAAUAUUCCAGACGAACUCACGAUACCAGAAAUUGACGUCGAAAGAUUAUCAUCCCAUAGUCAUACCGAAACAGCUGUUUAGAUUAUUAUCUUAUUAGAAAAAUAAAAAUAAAAAAAAAUAAAAAGGAAAACAUGGUUAUUUAUUUAUUUAUAUAUAUAUAUCAUUUCGUUCACUCUUAAUAAGUAAAGCAUAUAUAUUUAAAUCAUUAUGUGUGUGUAUAUGCAUAUAUAUAUUAUAUCUGUAUCUUAAAACACUUAAAAAAUUCAUUCAUCAAACAAAUUAACUCCAAAAUGUAACUAAUGGAACUUUUCUCAUUCUUUAAAAACAGAAACCAAAAAUAACAUUUUUAUAUUCAAAAGCACUACCGAAUAUGUAUAAAACAUCUAUUUGCCAAUGCCUAGCAUACACAAAAAUGGAUGUGAAAAAAAAAUUCAAUUAUUUAUAUUCUGGAGGUAAUUUAAAACAAAAAAACUUCAGAAAAGAUAAAAUAUACAAAUACAUUUUAUGAAUCAAUCAAUUUUUAAUAUAUGUUCAUAUAAAUAAAUUAGAUAUACAUGUUUGUGUUCAAGUAUGUAUAUGUAUACACAUACACAAAUGAUACUUUAAAAUUUAAUUAAAAACAAAAAAAAACAUUAAAUAACAUCUUGAAAGCCAACAAUAAAAUUUAGCAAAAAAAUGUUAUAUACUUCUGAAUACAACUUAAAGUUAAAUUUAAAAAACAAAAAAAAAACACAUUCACAAUUGAAUAAAUAUAAAUAAUUUAAAAAUCUUUGAAUGUAAGAAAAAAAAACUGUGAAACAAUUUUUCAGCAACCAAAUAAAAUACAUUACCUAAUUAGAUAUACAAAUAAAAUAAAAACUUAUAUGAUUUAUAUAUAUAUAUAUAUGUGCAUAUAUAUAUAAAAAUAUAGAUAUACAUGUGUAUAUACAUAAUUAUAUAUAUUUAUAUGUAUAAGUAUAUAUAUAUAUAUAUAUACAUAUAUACAUAGAAUUGUUAUAAAUAACUUUGUUAAAUAUAUAUAUAAAGAACAUUAAAAAAGAGAUACACAUUAAGAAAAAAAAACGUAAUAUUAAUUCGUUCAAAACAAAACAUAAAACAAAUCAAAUAAAAAUAUUUAAUUAAAAAAACACUAAAACAAAAUGAUGUAUAAAUGAUUUCAAAAGUUUAAACAAGAAACAAAAAUUGCUUUAAAGAGCCGUUAUACGAUAACACAAAAACUUAAAUUUACAUUUAAAAAAUAAAAUUUUAAAAAGUAAAUAUAUAAUUAAACAACAAAAAAAAGAAUAAGAAAAAAAAAGAAGGAACAAUUUACUAUAUUCAGCAAAUAAACGAAGGAAACCGUUACAAAUGAUAAAUACCUUUAUUUAUCACAUGUUCUCACCUUUCCCCCCUCUCCCUAAUCUCCAAAGUUUCAUAAUGUAAGAAAUUUUUAAUAAACAAAAAAUAAAUAAACAUUUUUCUAAAAUUUAUAAAUUCACACUUUAGUACUAAAAAAUUAGUAAAUAAAAUAAAAAUUUGAGUAAAUGAAUAAAAAGAAACCACAAAACUUUAGCUCUACACACAACAUGACUUGUUAAUUUUUUGUUAGAUUUAAAAAAAAAUAUUUUUCUUGUGCUUUUACUAGAAACCUUAUUGUAAAAUUUUAUUUGUUAUUUUACUUAGCGCUAUCAUUUUUUUUAUUGAUUGUAUUUUUGUGUUUAAGAUAAAAUUUCAUUUUUACAAAAGCAAAGAACAAAAAACCAAAAACAAAAUGUAAAAUUAAAUAAAAAGUGUUUUUAAUUUAAUUUUUUUUUAAUGUUUCUAAUUUUGGAAAUAAAAAUAAAAUUGAUAAAAAGCAAUAACAUGUAUAUUCUAUUAGACAAAAAAAGAAACGAAAAAAGUUAUGAAAUACACACAACAACAAAAAAAGAAAUAAAAACAGAAUAUCAAAAGUUAAUAAAUAACAAAAUAGUUAAUUCUUGUUUUCAUAUAUAAUAACACAGUUCCCUUCCAAAUAAAAUAGAUAACCAGUAUUUUUUAAAAUCUUAUUUCGACUUUUUUGUUAUACAUUUACUUUUUUAUUUAUGAAGAAGAUUGUCAAUCUAUAAUGGCAGCUAUCUUUUAGAAUGAAAAAUUGCAUGUUCUUAGAGACCUUGGAAUUUUGGUCCAAAGCCCUACAAUUUAAUUGCAGAAAGGUUAGCUGAUCCGACAUCGAUUCCGAUGAUGAAAAUUUCAGUAAAAACACUUUAAGGAAAUAAAGUUUUGAAAAAUAUUUGCAUUGAAAAUUUUGAUAUUUGGGAGCAAUUAUUUUACUGACAGAACUGACAAUCAGCAAUAUCACCGCCGUGGACGUAUCCGGUCGGAAAAAAAUUCUACCCCUUUUCAUUUUCUUUUUGAAAAUCAUUAUAAGCUUUAUGGCGAUUGAAUGAUUGCCGAGUUCUACAGAAAAGAGUACAUAAGUACUCUGUUAUGUUGUUACGACUUUGAGUAAAGCGAUUCCUCAAAAGAAGUAAGAGAAAAUUAAAAAGUCAAAACAGCAAAAUGUGUUUUAUUCUUCACCCAGCUGAUUUUGAUUGGCGGUUAAUUUUUUCUUAAGAUUCGGAACAAUUACUCGUUCCGAUCAAACGGAUAAGAUAUAAUAGGUACCUGAAUAUUAGAGGAUUUGACUAAUAUCUAUACUCAGCUUAGUUAAAUUCUAAGAAUUGACAAGAACUGUAAGUGAAUAUUGUUUGUUUGGCCAUAACAAAAUGUCAAAUCUAAAUAAAAGUGAUUGCUUAGAAUUGAGCUUUGCUGACACAUCAAAGCUAUCUCAUUGUCAAAUUGACUAUUGAAAUGUUUGUUUCAUAGAUUACGCUUAGUUUCCUGGAUCACCAACACGGUUUGUAAUUUUGAAGUUUUUAGGUCAGCCCUCAAAACUAAUAACUAGAUGUUAAAAACAGGCAAAUAACGUCUUUAAUUUAAAUAUUUAGUAAAGAUUUUCUAAACAUUUGAAGCUUAAAUGUUUUUGUUCUGACCAUUCUUGAUCCUUUUCAAUGCCAACAAAAUUAGGAUGGCUCCAUGUAUCAAAAACAAAGGAUUUUUUUUUCGAAAAACGAUUUGUGGUGAUCCCAGGCUCACACAAAUAACAAUCGACAUCAAUAAUUCGUACCAAAACUCAAACGCAUGUCAACAUGAUUAAAGCGAAACUAAAAGUGUUCGCUCCGUUUUGAGGAAAAAAAACUGUCAGCAAUGUAUACUUCGUCGGAGGGGUUAAAGUUACAUCGGAAUACACUUUGACUAGUUUCUUACUUCUGGUUUCUUUUCCUGAUAAGUACACAAUCAGUGUAUUGACGCCUCUAGGCACAUCGGAUCAUAGUGUCACAUCUGCUAAUUUCUCGUGUCAAACAAAUCCAGUAAAAGAAAGAGCUCCAAAGAGAACCGUUUGGCAGUGCGAGAAAGCCAACUGGGACUGUCUCAAUAAUUUCUUCAGGAUCUUCAACUUGGCAUUAUGCUUCCUCGGUAGUGACGUAGAUUCCAGUGCGCAGAUGUGAUUACUAGUAUGAUUCAUCUGAUAAUGAAAACUUUUAUCCCGAAUAGGGUUAAAAGUAUUAAGCCUAAGACUAAAUCAUGGUUCGUUUCGAGCUACAGAGAGAUUAUCAAAAAGAAAGAGGUGAGCUUCCGGUGUUUUAGAGCCAACUCAAAUAAGGAAAACCGGAAAAGGUUUAAACAAGCCAUAUCCCAAAGGCAGUAAGAAUUUUUGGUCAUUUGUAAAAAAACAUGAGGAGUUCUUCCUCGGUUCCUACGCUUGUUGUCAAUGACACUCUUUUAGUUAGCUCUAUUGAUAAAGCUAGCUUGUUUGCAAGGCAGUUCGACGAAAAUUCCACCUUACCAGAUAGUUUCAUGGCUCCCCCAGUUUUGAUAGAGUAAAUGAUUCUAUGGAACCAAUCUAUUUUCGUACACGUACUGAGGCGAGAGUUCUUAAAGAUCUCAACAUUCAUAAAUCCGCUGGUCUAGAUGGUAUCCCCGCUAUUAUUCUAAAGAGGUGUUCUUUCACGUUAGCAAAACCAUUUGUUCAGCCAAUCCCAAAAAAGACGAAUCUUCUUCCCCGCAAGUUGUCGACCGAUAGCAUUAUCGUCCCUUUUUUCUUAGGUCAUGGAAACAUUGAUUAAUUAUCAGCUUAAGAAAUAUCUUGAGGAACGAAAGCUUCUUAAUGAUCGAAAAUGCGGCUUUCGUAGCAAUAAUUCCACUGGUGAUCUCAUGGUUCAUCUCACCGAAUAGUGGAACAAAUCUUUACAUCGUUUGGAGAAAGUAAGAUUAUUGCACUUGAUAUUUCAAAGGCAUUUGAUAGAGUUUGGCACCAAGCUCUCUUAUCGAAAAUGCGUGCUUUUGGUAUUGGCGAAUCUCUUCUUCGUUGGAUUAGAAAAUUUCUUUCGAACCGCUCAAUUCAAGUUGUUUUGGACGGAUUCAUGUCUGAAACCCAUAAAAUAAAUGCUGGGCUCUGUUUUGUCUCCCCAGUGCUCCGUUUUGUCUCCGACCUAUUCCUCAUUUUUAUAAAUGAUCUCGUGUCUGCUACUUCUAAUGCCCAUCAGUUUAACCUCCUGCCCAACUUCGGCCGCAAUAUAAAGUACAGAGAUUCAUUUUUAGCAGUACUACGAGAAUGUGAAACGCCUUGCCACGCUAUAUCUUUCCCUAUCAUUGCGAUGUUCAGGAACUCAAAAUCAAUGUAGACCGACACCUCCUAUCCAACGCUUCCCUCUUUUCCUAAUGCUCACACUGUGUCUUUGGCAUAUUAAAGGUACACAAAACCCUUUUAGUGUUCGCUAAUUAUAAAAAAAAUACUACAAUAUAGCGUCUUAAAUGCUCACCAGUUCGUAUUUAUCCGUGCUUGUUUUUUCGUUCGCACAAAUUUACUUAAAUAUAUUUUUUUAAGUUGGUUAGGCAUUUUUCCAACAAAAAUUAUUUUUUAAUAACAACUAACACAUGCACUUAUGAUGAGGCUCUGAUCGUAUUUUGCCACUUGCUAUAAGCUUACUACUUUCUGAAAAUUCUGAAGUGUAAAAAAAAAAACAUUUUUGUAUUUAUAAUUUGUCUAUUUGUUACUUGCUUAUGAUUAGGAACACCUAGACCGGCAAAAUUGUAUCCAAGAGUUUAGGGAUUUCGGAGUAAAGUACCUUAAACUACUGUUUUAUUUGCCAGUCGUUUCUGCCUUUCUUUUAAAUUAUUGCAUAUAUUUUUAGUUUUUCUUUUUCAGUUUUAAAAAAUGCUGAUUUCUUGUAGAUACAUUUAGCAAUGAAUUGUGAAACAACUUUAAAAAAAAGAGAAGUAUAAAUCACAUUAUUGAUUUUUAUCAAAGUCAAAAUAACCAUAAAACUUAAAUUUAAACAAAAGAAAUAUAUUUCAAAUAAUAAAUAGAUUAAAAAAAAAACUUUUAAAAAAUAGCAAAAAUGCAUUCGCUUUUUGAGUAAAAAAAUACGUACACAUCCAUGUAAAUAUCUACCAUCACAACCAAAAACUGAAAAUAUUCAAAUUAUUAAAUUUAAAUAUAUUUAAAAAAUAAAAUAACUAUUGUCUUAAACAUAAGAACAAAAAAUCAAACAAACAGACAAACAAAUAAAUACAACAACAAUAUUGAAGUGUACAUUUAAAUAAAAUUUAAAAAAAAAUAACUAAAUGAAAAAAAAAACUAGGAACCAAAUAUUUUUAAACUUGAAACUAACAAUAGGGAUUUAAAGAAAUUUGUUAAAAAUGAAAACUUAAGGUAUCUCUUAUUAUUUGCGUUUUCUAGUUUAAGCUUCAUUGAGUGUUUGGGGGAACUUUUUUUAACUUUUUUUCCUUGUUCCUUUAAAAUGAAACAAUACAGAAAAAACAGAAAUAUUACAUUAUAGAAUAGUAAAUAAAAAAAAAUAAAAUUAUAUUCGUUGUUAUCUUCAUCAUAAUACACUUUUUAUAUAAAUAGAUUACAUUUUUGAUUACUAUACAUACCUAAUUAAAAUAACAACGUAAUUAACAAGAUCUUAUCAAAUGAAAAAGGUGAUGACAAAAAAGAGAGAAAUAAAUCUAAACUCGAACAAAUAAAAAAAUAAUAAUAAUAAUAAAUAAAUAAAAGUUAUAUCUUAAUCUUUAAAUUAGUACAAAAAUUAAGCCACAUAAUAAAAAUACAUAUGAUAAGCUAUAUCUAUUUAAUUUGUUCGUUUCUGUUUGUUUUUAUCAUUAGUUUUAUUAUUGCUUUUAAUGUAUAUUGAGUUAUUCGUUUAAAAAGUUUGAAAUCGAAGUCGUCGAAUAUACAUAUAACAUAUGAAUUCUAAUUGAUAGGGUAAUCGAUGACAGCUGUCAUGUUAAUUAUUUUUUACUUAAUAUUAGACUAAAAAUUCAAAAUCAAAUUCAAAUUUUGUUCAAGCUACGAAAUUGUCACUUUUGUAAAUGGACAGGUUCAGACAUCAAUUUUGACCAAAGCAACUAGUUAGUUUUUCAAGUGUCAUAAAUUUCAAACUCGAAACUUUACUCCACUAACCUUUAGCUUCAGUUCAUCGUAUAACAACUACCAAACACAUUAUUGUCUAAAAUAGACUCCUCAGGCAGACUACAAGUCUAUCACGAUUUGUAUUUAGUACUGUAAAGAAAUUGGCGCAUUCAUAAAUCUAGUGACUACGUAAACCAAAUUUAACUAGCUUUGCACUACAAACUUAGUCAAUCCGGAACUGUCAUAUUAGUGACAUAUAAAAAUAUGUAAAAUAAGAAACAUUUUUGAUUUGAUAACUUUAACUUAUCUUUUGUGUUUUUAAAUUCAAUAAAGUCAAAUUUAAGACACAGUUUGAGCGAUUUAUAUUUGUAUUCAAGUACUGAACAAAGACCCCUUUUACAGAAAACAUCAAAUGGAAUUGUGCAGAAAAUAAAUAAAUCAUAUAGUAAUAAAGUUCAGCUUUCAGUGAAAUGAAAAAAUAUGAUCAACUAUUAUUUUGACAUAAGCAGACUUGACUUGAUAAUUAGGUGAAUUUUUCUUGACUAACUUUCCAACAAAGUUCCCUUAAUUGGAAUGCAAUUUUUUGGCAACAGACCAAUAAGAUACUAGAAACUUGCCUAACUUUCAAGUCCCUUAUGUCAUCUGAGCCCGCUCAUUGCCAUAAACUACAAAACUGUCUCAGGGUUUUUUUUUAAGGCCUCGUUAUUUCUGAGAUAUAAGCGAAGAGCUUAUACAGGAGCGUUGCCCGUAAGACAUCAAAGAGAAACAGUCGUGAUUGACACUUUUGCAAAGCGUAACAUUUCAAGAAAACCUCUAUACUAGCCAAGAUAAAACCAUAAAAGGCUAAUGAACUGUAGACAUUUUAAAAAAUGUUUAAAGUUUAAGUACGUAUACUUAAUAAUAUAACAUAUUAAGGUUAAAUAAAAUUAAGUCGCAAAAGAAAAGCACCCUUAAAUAGGUAUUAUUACAUAGUAUACGUUUAUUUAAUCAAGUUUCAUUCAAAAUGUUCCUAUUUAUAUGUGUUUAUUUUAUUUUUUUAAUUAUAACAAUUUGUUAAUGCUGAAAAUUAAAAAAUUCAAUUAUUUUAAAGUAAAUACUUAUAUUCUUACGCCAUUUUCACUGCAGAUAUUUCCAUUGAAAUCAAACAUUACUUGAAAAAAUCUCAGCGCUCCUAUACUAUGUCAUAUGCUUGCCCUUAAAUCUGUUUUCGAUCUAGAUUUAUUAAAGUUAUGAGAAUAUUUCCAAAAUGUUCAACUGUGUCGAUUGUAUAUCAAUAAUGGAAUCGGUGAAUAAGCCUGACGUAAUUGGCACGAUGCUAUGCACUGGUAUACUUUUUUGACAGUAAAAAGUGAUUUUGACAACUAUGACAGCUAAAACCGUUCAACUAAAAUCUAAAAAGGUUUUGUUCUUAAAAAAAAUAAGUUUGACAACUAGUUGUUCAGCAAAGUCGAUUAAGAAUAAAUGAAAAUGAAAGUAAUUUCUGAUUAUUCCAACAAACUAUUAACUAUUAUAAUCAAAUUGAAAGUCAUUUUCGAUUUCGAUGAGUUUGACGUCUAUGCCACAAUAUGAAACAUAACACACAAAAUUAUUCAAAUGACUAAUCAUAACAAUGCGUCCAUCUUUAAAAAAAGGCAUUUCAUUUGAAAAGACAAAACAUCUAGAAAUAUGUAUGUGUUAUAAAAGACAAAAUUACUAACAUUUUAAAAGAAACAUACAGAGCUCUUUUUUUACAUCUAUGCAUGUACUGAACGUUACAAUAUUAAAGCAAAAUAAAAAAUUUAAAAAAAUGUUAAAAAUAGACUUAAAAAAAAUAUUCAUAUUAUGAAAUCUGGGAGUCAUUACUGAUUAUAGUACCUGACACUUGAUGUUGUCUUCCUAACGUAAACAAAAAAGAAACUUUUUAAAAAAAUACUCCCUGUAUACUUUUUAAUUUAAAAUAAAUCCAUUGUUUUAUUUUAAUUUAUAUCAGAUUGCUUUAUUCUCCACUUUAAAUAUAUGCGUUAACGGCUAGUUAUUUGUACAUAAAUUACAUUAAAUAAAAUAAUAAUAAAUCCAAAUUUCAAUAAUCAGUUCUGUGUUACGCGUUCAGUCAACCACCAUUUUUUACAAACAUUCUUUGAUUAUUUAUUAUGUAUGAAUUAUGAAUAUUUUAUUAACAGUGUCUAAAUUUACAUUAUUAUUAAAAAUACAUUUUAAAAAUCGAAAGCAAAAAGAAAGUCUACAAAAUUGUGCACAGUAAAUAAGCAAGUUUUAACAAAAAGUAAUGACAAAUCAAAUUGGAAGGAUUUUGUCAAAGCAUACAAUUAUAAUACUUAAAACUAUGUAUCUACUGUUUGGAAAAUAGAAUUUGAAUAUAUUGUGCAAUGAAAGGAAGAAAGGCGGAUCAGAAGUCAAAAUUUGUAUAGAAAGUAUAAUUUAACAAAAAUGGAAAUUUAUAAAUAACUAACAAACAAAUAAUUCCUUCCCACCUUUUCAUAUAAUUUUAUUAAGUACAAUAAUACCCUUAAUAUGAAGAUUUUAAAAGCAAAAACCGUCUGAACCUGAAGUUAUUGGGCUCACAACUUAUUGUUCGUAAUUAGCUUGAGGUUCCCUAAUUCUAUAUGCUGUGUACAAGUCAAUUGCCAUAACUUCACUUUAAGAUGCAUUUCAUUUGGGCCUUACGAAUAAUCAAAUUUAAAUCUCGCUUUAAAUUUCACUGGGUUUUAAAUAUUUAAAUAUAUGGUUAUUAAUUAACCAUUUUAAUAAAGUUAGGUUAAGGGCUUAACGCCCAGUUGAUUUUUAUUUUUAGGAAACAAACAGGUAAAUAUAUCGCCACGGUUUGCACCUGUCCAUAAAAAACCAAUGAAAUACGUGUUUUAAAAAGUAAUUGUGUUUUUGUUUGUAAUUAAUGUCCACCAAAGGCUGAAACUGGCAAUCGGAAAAUUGGGCAACGGCAAAGAAGCAGCUACUCUUUAAACACCACAGCUAGACCACUUGCUAAUAUUUGUAAAACAAUGUUCGCCUCCUUGUUUCGUCCACAUCUUUCAAAAUAUUUAUGUCUUCAAUAAUUGAAUCGUUAGAAUCAAAACUUAAUUUUGUUCAAAGAAAUAUUUGUUGGCACCAAAUGUAAGAGAUAAUGUAAUAGAAGGCUAAUUAGUAAAAAAUGAGCUUUUGUUGGUUAUUAACUCGCUUUUAAAAUUAAACGCGACGAUUCUUAAACGUUUGUUUAGCGAUUUAUUAUUGGUAAGGCCGUUUGCCUGUUGAAAAAAAAGGAGUUUAUGGACACGCAGUUUCAUUGUGUAAUAUGGGACCGCAAAUGCCUAUUCUUAUGAACAACAUUUUUAUUUCAAAAACUUUAGAUUAUACGUAUCACGGAAAACAAUGCUGUACCCUUAGACUAUUUUAAAACAACCUUGAGAAAAACACAGGCGAUAAAUUAAAAAUAUCUUGGAGGAGGAUAUUAAUGAGUACUUAAAUUUCGAAAUCUAUCCCACAGAAUAGAACUUACACCUUGACUCAUAAAAAUCAUAACCUUAUGCGUUUAGUAAAAAUAGUUUGGCUUGUAUAAUGAAAAAAACGUCAAGGGCUUUUAAUCGUAUUUCGAAAGGCUUUAUCUAAAUUAACACAAAUAUAUUACUUAUUUAAACCCACAAUAUUGUAUAUUCUAUACGAGUAAUUAAAUAAAUUUGUUUAUAAAGUGAUAACUCAACAAAAUAAAAACAAAAAAACAUGGCCACUUUAAACAACACGAUAUACCAACAACAUCGAAAGUAAAAACAAUUUACUGUUCACCAACAAUAAAUUUAAAAAUAUAACUUGAAUUCCAAAAUGUUAAUAAAAUUAUUAUAAUAAUUGUGAAUGCGUAAUGCUUACUUAAUGAAUAUUUAGUUUACUUAUUUUUGAUCAGAAAUGUUGUUUAUUAUUAUUAUAACAUAAAAGUUUACGUAUUUAAUUAAAAAUAUAUAAAUUAUAUAGAUAUAUUGAUUUUUAUUCGAGAGCCAAAACGCUUAUAAUGAUGACUCAUAAAUUAGUGUAAAUAAAUCCAUCAUAAAGAUAUGUAAGUCUUCAAAACUUCCACAACUUUUUUCAUUAAAUUCUUUAUUUUUUUUUUGUAAAUAAAUACAUUUCGCAUUUUCUACACAUGUAUUUUGCCUGUUUCUUUGAUGUCUAAAAAUCUCAAGAUCUAGCAAUGUUUUUUUUUUUUUAAAGAUUUGUUUAAGUUAAUAUUCUAUCAUAUAUGCUUAACACAAUGUAAAUUUUCAAUCCAAGGAAACUAAACAUGCGAAUUUUUCCGAAUGAAAUUUUUACAAAUAAAACCAAUUUAUCGUAAAUAAAUAUCAUCAAUAUUGGAUCAUAAGGCCUUUGGUUUCAAUUUUCAAUUUGGUUAACUUAAAUAAUUGUAAAACUGUAGUGGAAUUGAGAAUAAAAUUCAGUUUAAAGUUCAAAUCCAGAUUGGAGGGAUGAAGAGAAGGGCAGUGAUUAGUGUGUGGUUUCUUCUUAAUCUCAUCUAAAAUUUAAUAAUUUUAAACAAGUACAUUACAUAUAUGUACAUAGAACAAAAAAUAAUAAUUAUUUAUUUUAUAUUUUUUUUUGAUUUAUGUAUUCAAAAUUCCUUCUAGCACGUUUAAAACUUAAGGGGGAGAUCGAUAAGUUUUGAAAAAAAAAAUUGACAAGACUUUUGUUGCGAGGUCGAAAACAAUGGGGUAUAUCUCUACCCAUUUAGGAGG